AUGGCAAAUGAAUAUGUAAAUAAUAGUGUAAAUAAUAGCAAUAUCAAUAGCAAUAGCAAUAGCAAUAGCAAUAGCAAUAGCAAUAGCAAUAGCAAUAGCAAUAGCAAUAGCAAUAGCAAUAGCAAUAGCAAUAGCAAUAGCAAUAGCAAUAGCAAUAGCAAUAGCAAUAGCAAUAGCAAUAGUAAUAGCAAUAGCAAUAGUAAUAGCAAUAGCAAUAGUAAUAGCAAUAGUAAUAGUAAUAAUAGUAGUUAUAAUGUAAAUAAUAAUAAAAAUAAUAAAAUUAAAAUUGAUAUUAAUGAUAAAAAGAAUUAUCGUGAUACAAAUUUUAAAGAAGAUGAUGAAACUGAUGAAUCAAAACCAUGGUGUUAUUUUUUUGAAGAUUAUCCAUAUCCAAAUAAACAUAUGACAAGAAUAAUGAUAUUAAAGAAUAAAGUUGAACAUUAUAUAAAGAAUAAAAUUAAGUUACCUGAUGAAUAUCGAACAAGGAUAUGGGCAUUAAUGGAAGAUUUAGAGAAAUUAAAAGAUAAUGAAAAUAAUAAAAAUGUUUAUCAACAAUGUUUAGAAACUAAAAAUGAAGAUAUAGAAAAUGAUGUUAGAACUGAUGCUGUUAGAACUUUUCCAUCAAGUCAAUAUAAAGUUAAAAUGAAAGAUAAACAAUCUCAAAAUAAAGAAUCAUUAUAUAAAGUUUUAAAAGCAUACGCAAUUUAUAAUGAAGAAGUUCAAUAUACACAAGGAAUGAAUUAUUUAUGUUUAGUUUUAUUAUGUUAUUUUCAUGAAGAAGAAUCAUUUUGGAUGAUGGAUUUAUUAAUUAAAAAACAUGGUAUGAGACACUUUUUUAAGAAAAAAAGUUUUUUACCAUCAUAUUUAACAAUAUUUGAAUUGGAAUUAGAGAAACAUUUACCAAAUUUAUCAAAACAUUUAAAGGAUGAAGGUAUUCAAAUGUAUAUGUUUAUUCAAGGUUGGUGGAGUACUAUAUUUGUUUAUGUAUUACCAGUUGAGACUAUUUCUACUAUAUGGGAUUACUUUUUUUGGGGUGCAAAUGGUAAUGGAAACUCGAUUGAAGUUUUAUUUAGGUUAUCAAUUGCUCUUUUGAAAAUGUUACAAUCAGAGCUAUUGAAAGUUGGUAUGACAGAAUUCUUUGAAACUUUAAAAGAACAUAGUACAAAAAUCGAUUCAUUAGAGUUGGUCUAUCAAGCUUAUUCAAUUCGUUUAUCAAUUAAAACUGAUCACUUUUUAAGAGAAGUGAUCUUAAAAUAUCAAGAGGAUGAAAUGAAUGAUAAUAUUUUCGAUUUUCAAAAAUUAUUAACUACAACUUAUAUAAAUGAUACUACAACUUUUGAUGGUGAUACAGGUGGUAUAGUAAAUUCAAAUGCAACAAGUUUUAGUAGUUACAAUGGUGGUGGUGUUGAUGAUGCAAAUAAUUCAAGAAAAUAUUAUGAUAAUAAAAAUAAAAAAUAUCGUUAUGAUAAUGAUAAUGAUGAUGGUGAUGAUGAUGGAGAAGAUGAAUAUAUAGAUUAUGAUGAUUAUUAUAGAAGUUCUGUCAUGGUUAGUGAUAGUGAUGAUGAAAAUGAAAAAGAAAAUAGAAAUAAUAAUUUUCAAAAUAAAUCAGCUUGUAUAAUCAAUUAA